AUGGAAGUUGGACAAAUUAAAAAUGUAAUCCCAGAAGAAGAAGCCAGCAAUAAUAUUGAUAAUGUUAUAAGUGUAAAACAUGAACCUAAAAGUCAUUUAGUUCGACAUAAAUUGGUUCAUAGUGGAGAAAAACCAUUAUCAUGUGAUAUGUGUAAUAAAAAAUUUACUCGGCAAAGUGAUUUAGUUCGACAUAAACUGAUUCAUAGUGGAGAAAAACCAUUAUCAUGUGAUAUGUGUAAUAAAAGAUUUACUCGGCAAAGUGAUUUAGUUCGACAUAAACUGAUUCAUAGUGGAGAAAAACCAUUAUCAUGUGAUAUGUGUCAUUUAGUUCGACAUAAACUGAUUCAUAGUGUAAAAAAACUAUGUUCAUGUGAUAUGUGUAAUAAAAAAUUUACUCGGCAAAGUGAUUUAGUUCGACAUAAACUGAUUCAUAGUGGAGAAAAACCAUUAUCAUGUGAUAUGUGUAAUAAAAGAUUUACUCGGCAAAGUGAUUUAGUUCGACAUAAACUGAUUCAUAGUGGAGAAAAACCAUUAUCAUGUGAUAUGUCAGCGUAA